CGUUUGAGCAAUCGAGUUUAUCUGGGAAACGUCACGCAAAGCCACAAGCACUAGCCACAAAUAUCUGCCCCCCCUUGAGCCCCGCUGCGGAGCGGCGGUCUAUACUCACCGCAAGCAGAGAGCUCCACUUCCCCCGAUCACGACCUUCGACCAUCCGCUACGAUCAGUUCUUCUCUUCCGGCGACCCAUCGACCCACACUCUGCACGAAAGCUGUCACACCUCACACUCUCGAGCCUGCUUCCACAUCUUAAACCGUCUCCGUCUCUCUCACCGUCUUGGUUUGAGCAAAAGGUCAUGCAUUGGUGUUCGCUAUGAGGGCCGUAUCUGAAUGGUCCGAGAGGUCUAUCGCUCGAUUGAUUGAAGCUUCAGUUCACGGCCGGGCCGCCUCGUCUAAAACUACGCCGACUCAACACCGACACCGACACCGAAACCGAAAUUGAUAUACCCCCAUCUCCCAUUACCCAACAUGGCGUCCUCUACUACCUCCGGCUUCCUCGGCCGCUCCACUAGCAGCAACUCGAACAUGCGUGGCCUUGUACAGUUCAUUGCUGACCUGAGAAAUGCGAGGGCUCGGGAACUGGAAGAGAAGCGUAUCAACAAGGAACUGGCCAAUAUUCGCCAAAAAUUCAAGGAUGGGAGCCUCAGUGGCUAUCACAAGAAGAAAUACGUCUGCAAACUCCUUUACAUAUAUAUCCUGGGAUGGAACGUUGAUUUCGGCCAUCUCGAGGCCGUCAACCUCAUCUCUGCGAACAAGUACUCAGAGAAACAGAUCGGGUACCUCGCCAUGACACUGUUCCUGCACGAAAAGCACGAACUUCUACAUCUAGUCGUCAACAGUAUACGGAAGGACCUUCUGGACCAUAACGAACUCUUUAAUUGCCUUGCCUUGCACGCCAUUGCAAAUGUUGGCGGUCGCGAAAUGGGCGAGGCCCUGAGCGGAGAGGUUCACAGGCUCCUCAUUGCCCCGACGUCGAAGGCAUUUGUCAAGAAGAAGGCUGCACUCACCCUCUUGCGGUUAUAUCGGAAGCAUCCGGAUAUUGUGCAACCGCAAUGGGCCGAAAGAAUCAUUUCCCUGAUCGACGACGUGGACUUGGGCGUAGCGCUCUCUGUUACGUCCCUCGUCAUGGCUCUGGCGCAAGACAACCUUGACCAGUACAAGGGCGCCUAUGUCAAGGCUGCAGCGAAGCUGAAGCGGAUUCUUAUCGACGGCGAUUUUAAUUCGGAUUACCUUUAUUACAAGGUUCCCUGCCCUUGGAUACAGGUCAAGCUCCUGCGGUUACUCCAAUACUUCCCACCGUCAGAUGACAGUCAUGUCCGGGAGAUGAUCAGAGAAUCCCUCCAGAAGAUCCUCAACUUGGCAUUGGAGACGAACAAGAACGUACAGCAGAAUAAUGCCCAGAACGCGGUCCUCUUCGAGGCCAUAAACCUAAUCAUACACCUUGAUACAGAACACGCCUUGAUGAAACAGAUAUCUUCAAGGCUUGGCAAGUUCAUCCAAUCCAGGGAGACCAAUGUCCGGUACUUGGGUUUGGAAGCCAUGACCCAUCUAGCUGCCCGAGCGGAUACGUUGGAUCCUAUAAAGCAGCACCAGGAUGUCAUCAUUGGAUCUCUCAGAGAUCGGGACAUCAGUGUCCGUCGCAAAGGCCUCGACUUGCUCUACAGCAUGUGCGACUCAACAAAUGCCCAGGUUAUCGUGGGAGAGCUGCUCCAUUAUCUCCAGAACGCCGAUUUUGCCAUUCGGGAGGAGAUGGUCCUGAAGAUUGCAAUCUUGACUGAGAAAUACGCCACCGACGUGCAGUGGUAUGUCGACAUAUCCCUGCGCCUCAUAGCCAUGGCAGGGGAUCAUGUUAGCGACGAAGUCUGGCAGCGGGUGACACAGAUUGUGACAAACAACGAAGAGCUUCAGGUGUACGCGGCGCGGAACACACUGCAGUAUGUGAAGCAGGAUCACGUCCACGAGACCCUGGUCAAGAUCGGAGCCUAUAUCCUUGGGGAGUUUGGCCAUCUCAUCGCCGAAGAGAAGGGCUGCAGUCCAAUCGAGCAGUUCCUCGCCCUGCAGGGCAAGCUUCCCGCCUGUUCGUCGAGCACAAGGGCUAUGAUCCUCUCUUCAUUCAUCAAAUUCGUCAAUCUCUUCCCUGAAAUCAAGCCGCAACUCAUCCGCGUGUUUGACGUCUACAGCCAUACCCUCGAUUCAGAACUUCAACAACGUGCAUGCGAGUAUCUUAUUCUGGCCAACCUGCCGACGGACGACCUACUCCGGACGGUGUGCGAUGAGAUGCCUCCGUUCCCAGAGCGCCAAUCCGCCUUGCUGUCCAGGUUGCACCAGAAACACGCGAAUACUAGCGAUAAGCGCACCUGGGUGGUUGGCGGAAAGCACGCAAACACGGACGUUGCCGAGCUCAGCAUGGCUAAGAACCCCGGGUUGAAGCGGACGUUCAGUGCGAACGACCAGGUCCAUGGCAAUGGGCAUGCGGAUGGCGGGCCGACCAGCGGGGCCAAUGGCCAUUCUGCAGCCACCGACCUUGCCGGUCUCGAUAUGACCAACCUUGGCCCUGCGGAGCCAAAGAGCACCAAGGUGCCGAACCUCGCAAGCGCCGCCCACCUUUCGCCUGGGUGGGAGAAGGGGUUCCGCAGACUCUUACUAAAGGCUGAAGGGGUGCUCUUCGAAGAUGGGCAGAUACAGGUUGGAGUCAGGUCUGAGUAUCGGGGCCAGAUGGCGUGUCUGAUCCUGUACUUCACCAACAAGACGCCCACGAUUAUGAGCUCUUUCACGACAACUCUGGAUCUCGACGAGAGCGAUAAGACGAGUCUAACCUGGGACGUCAAGGGGCUGCCGGACACCACCAUCACGCAGGGGUCACAGGCUCAGCAGGUCAUCAUGUUUGAGGCGAAGAAAGUCUUUGCCAACAGCCCAACGAUGAGAAUCAGCUAUCUCGCUGGGGCGCUGCAAGCAGUGACGCUGAAACUCCCGAUCGCGGUCCACAAGUUUAUGGACCCCGCGGAUCUGUCUGCUGAUGAUUUCUUCAAGCGAUGGAAGCAGAUCGGGGCAGCACCCCGCGAGGCACAACAAAUCUUCGGACUCAGUGGCUCGAAAGACGGCACCCGUGAAAUUAACGAGGACUUCGUGCGGGGAGUCCUAGAAGGCUUUCGAUGGGGCCUUCUGGAUAGAGUUGAUCCGAACAAAAAGAACUUUGUUGGUGCGAGCGUUGUGCACACGGCUGAAGGAGGCAAAUUCGGGUGCUUGUUGAGACUGGAGCCAAACUACGGCAACCAGAUGGUACGCUUAACGGUCAGGGCCACAGAUGAGGCCGUACCACCAGUUAUCCUGAAGCUCAUGGUGGAGAGGAUCUCGGCUGGAAUGUCGACCAUGCCAGAGGAGUACGUGGCGCCCACGCCUAGAGAGAUAUCAGAGACAUUCAGCAACAUCAUGGUAAUAUGAAAGGAUACCCCGUGGGCUGGCAAGGUACUCAUUUGAGUCUUGGAGGUGAUGAUUCGAAUGGGAGGAGAAGCUCGAACCGUUCUCAGGGGGCCCAGCAUAUGUGAGCUUUGGAAAACGGCGGUUGAGUCUGUGCGACAACUCAACGCUGAGAGAGAAUAUAAUUUUACUGAAGAAUUGCAUGAAACUUAAUCCAAGAUUCAUACCCACUCCCGGACCUUCUAGAUGUCUGUAGCAUUUAGCAUUAUUACUUCUUUACGCAGCCCUG